AUGGGGCACAUUAGCCUUACUGAUGGCCUGCUUUUAUUUGUAGUUGAUAACUCGUAUCCAGGAAGUACGUCUCUAAAUGAGUUUUUACGUCAGAAAGGAAUAUCCCCAGGAACUAAAGUGAUGUGUAUAGAGGGAGGAUGUGGUGUAUGUGUCGUGUCGGCCACCAUAAUGGAUCCAGUCAUAAGUAAACCAAGGACUUAUACUGUUAAUUCUUGUUGUGUACCAUUGUUACAAUGUGAUGGUUGGGAUAUAACUACAAUAGAAGGUUUAGGUAACACUAGAGAUGGUAUUAAUCCUAUACAACAACGUCUAGCUGAUUAUAAUGGUACACAAUGUGGUUUCUGUAGUCCCGGUCAGGUCAUGUCUAUGUACAGUUUAUUGAAGACCAAUCCCCAGCCUACCAUGGAAGAAGUAGAACAAAUAAUGGAUGAUGUAGUAUGUCGAUGUACAGGUUACAGAUCAAUACUGGAUGCAAUGAAAUCAUUUUCUGCUGAUGCUGGUCCUGAUCUUCCUGGUGGUCUAAUUGAUAUUGAGGAUUUAGAGAGAAAGAUUUGUAAGAAAACUGGUAAUCCAUGUACUGGAAAAUGUUCUUCUGACCAACCACAGACCAUGUUACAUAUGGUGACGGCUGGAAGUCAGUGGUUAAAACCAACCAAUAAACAAGAGCUUUGCACAUUACUAAACCAACAUAAGGCAGAUAAUUACAGACUUCUACAUGGUAACACUGGCUUUGGUGUAUAUAAAGAUAUUGGUGAUUGGAAUUAUUCUGUUUUGAUUGAUAUCAGAGGUGUUGUAGAUUUCAAUAUAAUUCACGUAAGUUUCACUGAUUUCAUGUAUAAAUAG